AUGACGGAAAACCCGCAAGAAUCUCAAGCUGCACCUGUGCUCGGUAUCGCUACAACAGGCGAAAUCGUCACCAUCUUCGUCGGCCCCGAGAAGAAGCGCUACAACCUUCACAAGGACAUCAUCUGCCACCACUCCGAGUAUUUUCGAGUCGCCUACAACGGGCGAUGGAAAGAGGCGGACGAGGGUGUGACACUGGAGGACGUCGAAGUCCCGGUGUUCAACGUCUUCGUUCACUGGCUAUACACACAGCAAGUACCGGAAAAGACUCUAGACUUGGGAAAAAUCGCCAAUGUAGACGGAAAACGUGCAAAUUAUAGCCAUGAUGACAUCUUGCUCAAAGCAUGCGCGUUUGGGAAUCGCUUCCUUGCCACAGACUUUGAGCGUGUCUCUCAUAAUCACUUUGUUGAUCAUUCUGCACGAUUUGCGUGUGGUGUAGCAUACAAGGACAUCAUAUUCGCUUACGAAAACCUACCAGAUGACAGCCUACUCUUGAAGAUGCUGGUCGAAGUACAGAGCCGGUUGUGGGACGCCUCUGGUGACGACGAAAAGGAGGAGCAAAUGCGGAUCAGCCUGCCGAAAGAAUUCCUCAUCCAGGUCAUGAUCAGGCAGGCUGAGCUCCGCGUUUGGAGCGAAAAAGACGAGUGGAAGAUGAAACCAGGAGACUUCUACAUGCAGGAAAAGACUGGAGAGAUUGGCGAAUGA